GAUUAAUUUUGUUUGCCAGCGAUGGAACUUCUCAGUAUUUCUGCACCGCCGUAGGCCGAGUCAAGCGCGUAAUGUAACGCAAGACUAUCUGGUGACGUCAUCAACGCGGUUCCUAUGCAACAGCAGCCAGCCAGCGAUGGCCGUCAUUCCUGCUCUCCGUCUUCCCUCCCCCUCGUCCUUCUCGGUUCGAUCUCGAUCAACAAGCUCGGGGCAUCCACACAAACUACCCGCGCGCACAAGACGCCAGUGUUGAAUUCGGACAAAUAAACAAGGCGGGGAGGAUACCUCGCGCGGCUUUGUAGCACGUUAGCGGUGUUAGCUUAGCCACAACUUUAAGACCCCCCCCCCCCCUGUGAUUCUCAGGCGAGUUUUCCCACUCUUGAGACUGUCCAACAGUCAUGUCACAUUUAGCGUCGAAACCACGAGCGGUUCCGGUGGGGUCAUGACCGUGAAGGUGGAAGACGAGGACACCUAACGUCUUGCCUUGGUGAACUCAAAACAAAAUGGAGUCCAAGUGCAACGCGUCCGAAGACGACUGGGAUGACAAUCGCAGCCGACGCUCCCUCGGGAGCAGGAAGAGUCGAGCGUCCGCCAGCAAAAAGCACAAGCGUUACAAGAACUACCGGGACAAGAUCCAGGAUGAAAAGCUGGCUUCCCAGACCGAAAUCUACCCCGCCGAUCCCCACCGGGCGUCGGACGACGAGGGGCGGCGGAGCAAGGGCACGUCUUACUCGGAUGACUAUGACAACGAUUCGGAGCGCUCGCUCUCGCCGUACGCGCCAGAUCAGACGCUCUCGCCGACGCCGCCGGCUCGUGCAAACCUGAUUUCCAGCAGUUCGCCCUACAAUACAGGUAUGGAGAAGCGGGUCCGGUCCCGCCCGCCGCGUCCGGGCCGAAGCCGCGCGACGCGGUCGCACAGCAAAGAAUCCCUCCCUCCCAAAGACCUGGACCCCCUGACUAGGCAAAUGCUGUCGGGCCGUUUACUGAAAAUCAACGAGUUGCGCAAUGUGCACGGUGAGCUGCAGCUGCGCAUUGCUGAGCUGCAGAAGGAAAAUCGGAUUCUUAAGCAGCUUCACACGCGUCAGGAGAAGGCCCUUCAGAACUACACGGAUGCCGAGAGCAAAAUCUCCCAGAUGCUGUCGUGCCACGCCAACGAGACGCACGUGCUGCGCGAGCGGCUGCGGCGCACGCGGGAGCGCGAGCGCGCCGCCGAGCGCCGCCUGAAGGAGAAGGAGGAGCAGCUGCUGAGGAGCCACGCCACCGUCGGACGCAUGAAGAAGCUGGUGGAGCAGCGCGAAUUGGGCGCGCGCGAGGAGCUCAGCUGCAAGCUGGACCAGGAGAGGGCGCGAACGCACGAGGCCGAGCUCAAAAUUAAGGAGCUGGAGAGGAACACGGAGCUGAUCAACGGCAGCCACCACAGGCAGCUGGCGGCCGAGAGGAAGAGGACGCUCGCCGCACAGGAAGAGAUGAGGAGUCUGCAAAAGGAGCUGGAACAACUGGCCAACAAACUCAGGGAAAAAGAACGGGAAUUAGAGAGCCGCAACAUUUACGCUCACCGUAUGGGAAAAGUCUCACCGAGGAAAGCCACCGACGGCGACCCGAAACACAAACUCUCCAGCCGGACGCAUUCCAAGGCGGUGCAGACGCACGAGCGCAGCAGCAGCAGCCCCGAUUUCCCCUCGCCUCCACCCGCCUUGGUGGGGGACAACGAUCCGGCCCCUGACGGAUACCUGUCCCUCAAGCAAGUGGAUGAAGUGGACAGCGGAGCGAAACCAAAGCAGGAGCAUCCGAAGAAGACGGGCCAAGACCUGAGAGAAUCGAGUGAAGCCAAGGAGUCGGAGGAGGAACGUCAAGCAAACACUCCGGAUGGCCUCGAAGUGACGGCCAAGCUAUUCGGCGCUGACUGGGAGAAAGAAAAGGAGGAGGUCGACAUGGGCGGCUUCUUGACCAAUCCGCGGAAGAGCGUCCACGCUCAAGAGGAAGCGCACCGCCGGAGGAACCACCACGACGGCGGGGACGCUGGCGAGGCGCGUCGCAGAAAAGACCAGCUGCUGGCCAAGAUGCGAGAAAUCGACCUCCAGAACGAGGAGGCGCGGAACCCCGUCUUCGUCGACUCGUCCGAGUCCAACGCGGCGGCAGCGGCCGCCGAGACCCCGCCGUCGCCGUCGCCGGCCCGGCGGCGAAGCCUCUCUUCCCCCAAGUCCAACGACGACUGGAUCUUCGCGAGCUACGCGCCCUCGCUCGGGAACCCCCGCCAAAGCGCGGCCGGGGAGGACGGCGACCACGCGCUGGAGGCCAUCGGCGUCUUCAGCCUCAAGGGCGCAGAGACGGCGGAGAAGAACAAGAAGUCGUCGCUCAUGCAGCAGCUGUUCGGCUCUCUGGCGGCGCCUUUGGGCGAGACCCGGACAGCGGAGCUGCUGGACGGCGUGGCGGGCGGGGCGCGGGGAAGUUCGCGAGCGGCGGGGCGCCUCAUUAACGCUUGGAACACAUCGUAA